AUGGAAAACACCGCAUCUGUCUGUCUGCUUUCUUGCUGUGGCCGCGAGGAACCUGGAGGCGGCGAGCAGCCCGCACCCCGCACCCCUUCCUGCUCCGGUGGCAUGCCUCCGCCUGUUCUGUCCUGGUGGACCCUGAGCUCCGUGGACAGGGAUUUGAGUCCCUGUUCUAAGCUGCACCGGAGUCUUCACUGGCCCAAAGCGCACCUUCUUGGAGAGCUGGCUGCUAGCGACCCCUCUUCUGGGGCUUCGCCCCCGUCUCAGACGAGCACCAUCACCCUGGGGGACCUGGAGCUCUCCCUGGAGGAGGGGCUGACCAGCCCCGGGCUCUUGAGUCUGGAGGAGAUCUCCGAGAGGUAUGAGUCCAGCCGCCUGGCAUCCACCACGACCGUGCCUGAGCAGGACUCCCCCACGCGCUGGAAGCAGCUAGAGCAGUGGGUGGCGGGCCUGCAGGCCGAGGUGGCGUCCCUGCGGGGACACAGGGACCGCUGCGAGCGAGCCAUGCUGAGCCUGCUCCGGGAGACGCUGCGGCUCCGGGCCUGCAUGCAGCUGCAGGACGCAGAGCUGAGGAAGCUUCAACAGGACCUGCCCCAGGCGGCUCGGGCCCCCGAGAAGGAGGCCCUGGAGCUCCCCAGCCCCCAGAACCAGAACCAGAACCACAUGCAGGCCCUGGACAAGAGGCUGGUGGAGGUCCGGGAGGCCCUGACACAGAUCCGGAGGAAGCAGGCGCUGCAGGACGCGGAUCGCAAGCACACGGAGCAGGAGGCGGGACUCAGGCUGGCCAGGGUGGCCGAGAGGCUGGCGCAGGAGGAGCAGAGUCGGGCAGCGGCCUGCGGCGACCUGAGGAAGAGCCAGGAGGCGGCGGACCAGAGGGUGGACCGUGAGGUGGCCAGGAUGCAGGCCCAGGUGACCAAGCUCGGUGAGGAGAUGAGCCUCCGCUUCCUCAAGAGGGAGGCCAAGCUGUGCGGCUUCCUGCAGAAGAGCUUCCUGGCCCUGGAGAAGAGGAUGAAGGCUUCGGAGAGCGCCCGGCUCAAGGCGGAGGGCAGCCUGCGGGGGGAGCUGGACAGCAAGUGGCGGGGGCUGCAGGAGCUGGCGGAGGAGCGAGUGCAGGCCCUGCAGGGGCAGCGCGAGCAGGAAGAAUGGCACGUGCUGGAGCGGUGCCGGGGCCUGGACAGGGCCGUGGCGGAGCUGACCAAGUUCAUACGGCAGAACCAGCUGUCUCUCAACCACAUCCUCACGGCCGAGCAGAAGGCCCGGGACGCGCAGGGGCGCCUGGAGGCGAGCCGGGCAGGGGAGCUGGCCACCCACCUGCAGGAGAGCCUGAAAGCCGUGCAGCUGGCGGGGGAGCUGGCCCAGCGGGAGGCGCACAGCGAGCUGGAGCUGCAACGGGAGAAGAGCCAGGCCCUGGAGACAUCGCUGGCCGAGCUGGGGAAGCAGGUGAAGGACCUGAGUGACCACUUCCUGGCCCUGAGCUGGAGACUGGAUCUGCAGGAGCAGACGCUGAGCCUGCAGCUGAGCAAGGCAAAGAGAGAGUGGGAAGGCUCGGAGCAGAAAUCCCUGGAGGGCCUGGUCCGCUGUCAGAAGGAGGCUGAGGCGCACCUGAGGGAGGUGCGGGAGCGAGUGGACAGCCUGCCCCGGCAGAUAGAGGCCGUGUCCAACAGCUGCACCCUCCACAAGAGCGACUCAGACCUUAAGAUCUCGGCCGAGGGCAAGGCCAGAGAGCUGGAGGUCGGGGCCAUGCGGCAGGAACUGGCCUCUCUGCUGUUGUCCGUUCAGCUGCUCAGGGAGGACAACCCCGGGCGGAAGAUCGCGGAGAUCCAGGGCAAGCUGGCCACGUUUCAGAACCAGAUAAUGAAACUGGAGACCAGCAUGCAAGACCACAAGACCAUCCAGAACCUCAAGUUUAAUACGGAAACCAAGCUGCGCGCAGAAGAGAUGGCCAGCCUGCGCGAGAGCGUCGUGCGCCUGUGGAGCGAGGAGGGCCCGUGGGCGCUGACGCUGGGCAGCAGGAGGGUCCUCAUGUCUCUGGUGAGACAGCGAUUCUUCAUCAAGGACUCGGCCCCCGGAGAGGCGAUGCCUGUGAACUGCUGGGGCGUCUAUCAGGCCGUGAGGUGGCUGCGGUGGAAGGCGGUCCUCAUGAGCCGGGUGGCCCGGCAGAGGCCGGGCGCCGUCGUCACGGAGAAGUCCUUCCGCCAGGAGCCCGCCCGCCCGUGGGCGUCCUCAUCCCUUUCCCGGAAAUAAACGUGCCAGUUCCUGUC